GACUUCUUCUCUCCUACUACUAUGAUCCUAUCCUAUCAUUGCCGAGGUGUUUUCUGUUUGGACCUGUUUAUUUGGAAAACACGGUGCAAAAGCGGCCUAUCACCAUUCCGGCCCAUGCCACAAUCCGUCAGCCCAACAAACUGCAAAAGAUUGCGUAGCCCAUCAACGGUCGGCCUGUCACUACCACAGCAAAAAUCCCCACGCUUCUCCACCGCCGCGGCGCGCCUCCGCCUCUCUCCCCAUCCGCUGCCCGAACUCCGACCACACCGCACCGGAAAAAUAUCCCGAACACGGUGAAGCCACUCGCGCCGCGCACGCUCCGCCUCCGCCUCCUCCACCCCAUGUCCGCCCCCGCGCCCGCCUCGCCGCCCGCCUCCCUCUUCCACCUCUCCCGCCCGGCGGCCGGGCCCAGGGCGCGCCCGAGGGUGUCGCGGUCCAGGUGCGUGGCGUCGCUCGCGUCCCAGCCGCCGACGCCGCCGCCCGCGAACGCGAACCACCUCGUGCAGACGCUGUGCGCCAGCGGCCGCCUCGCGCGCGCCGCGGCGCUCCUCCAGGGCCUCCCCGCGCCCACGCAGCGCACCUACAAGUCGGUCCUCCUCGCCGCCGCGCGGGCCGGGGACGCGGCGCUCGCCGCGGCCGUGCACCGGCGGCUCAAGGCGGACCCCGUCUUCCGCUCCGACCCGUUCCUCUCCACCCGCCUCAUCGACGCCUACGCGUCGCUCGGCGAGCUCCCGGCCGCACGCCAGGUGUUCGACGAGGCGCCCGUGAAGAGCAUCUUCGUGUGGAACGCGCUGCUCAAGGCGCUCGCGCUCGCCGACCAUGGCGAGGAGGCCCUCGCGCGCCUGGCUGACAUGGGGCGGCUCCGCGUUCCGGUCGACAGCUACAGCUACGCGCACGGACUCAAGGCCUGCAUUGCCGCAUCAACGUCUCAUGUGCCGGCGUCGGCCCUCGUACGCGAGAUACAUGCGCAUGCUGUCCGUCGUGGCUACGGAUUGCACACACAUGUCGCCACCACUCUUAUUGACUGCUACGCAAAGCUUGGAAUCGUCAGCUAUGCUGAGAGUGUGUUUGCUACAAUGCCAGAGAGGAAUGUUGUGUCGUGGACUGCCAUGAUUGGGUGCUAUGCCAAGAACGAGAGACCAGGUGAUGCCAUUUUGCUAUUCCAGGAGAUGGUGGCUUCUGAUGAAGACCUUGUACCCAAUUCAGUCACAAUAGUAUGCAUCUUGCAUGCUUUUGCUGGAGUUAACGCUCUCGGGCAGGGCAAAUUGUUGCAUGCGUAUAUCCUCCGGAGGGGUUUUGACUCACUUGUUUCAGUUCUGAACGCAUUGAUGGCGAUGUACAUGAAAUGUGGAUGUCUUGAAGCUGGGCGGCAUAUCUUUGAUUUAAUAGGACACCGGAAGGAUGUUGUGUCAUGGAAUACACUCAUAUCUGGAUAUGGGAUGCAUGGAUUUGGCCAUGAAGCGGUUCAGGUGUUUGAAGACAUGACCCAAAUGGGCGUUUCACCCAAUAUCAUCACAUUUAUCAGUGUCCUUGGGGCUUGUAGCCAUGCUGGACUCGUGGAUGAGGGGAAGAGGCUGUUUGAGUCGAUGGUGGAUUAUAAUGUCACCCCUCGUGCAGAGCACUAUGCCUGCAUGGUAGAUCUCCUUGGUCGUGCCGGGCAUUUGGACGAAGCCGUUGAGCUCAUACAGGGAAUGCACAUUAGGCCGAGUCCUCAAGUGUGGGGCUCACUUCUUGGUGCUUGCAGGAUUCAUCGCCAUGUGGAGUAUGCGGAGAUGGCUUGCUCACAACUCUUUGAUCUUGAGCCUAGAAAUGCUGGAAAUUAUGUACUCCUUGCUGAUAUCUAUGCUCGAGCUAAGUUGCAUAGUGAAGUUGGUGUGCUAAAGGAUCUUCUUGAGGAGCAUGCGUUGGAGAAGGUGCCUGGAUGCAGCUGGAUAGAGGUGAAGAAGAGAUUGCACAUGUUUGUCUCUGUGGACAACAAGAAUCCUCAGAUUGAGGAGCUCCAAGCUCUGAUAGGUGAGUUUGUGACACAGAUGAAGAAUGAUGGCUAUGUGCCUGACACAGGAGCUGUUUUGUAUGAUAUUGAAGAAGAAGAGAAGGAGAAGAUUUUGCUUGGGCACAGUGAGAAGCUAGCUGUUGCCUUCGGGCUUAUCAACACUGGCAGGGGAGAAGUCAUCAGGAUCACCAAGAACCUCAGGCUAUGUGAGGACUGUCAUUCCGUCACCAAGUUCAUCUCCAAAUAUGCAGAGCGAGAGAUUAUUGUGAGGGAUGUGAAUCGGUUUCACCACUUCAGGGAUGGAAUUUGUUCAUGUGGGGAUUAUUGGUGAAGAUGCUGCGGACUCUAUUAAUGUUUUUUGGGAGCUUUACUGAUUUAUACAGAAUAACCACUGAAGACGUAGGAAUUGUUGUAUAGCCUAACAUAUUGAUUAGACUAGCCAUCAUGACUCAGUCUUUCAGGAGGUACCUCAAAAGAUUGCUGAGUUGUUUGUUUGGAGAGAAUUGGAAUCUCUGCCAGACAAUUUUGAUACAUUUGUGAUGGAUCCCUGUUUAACACAUCAGUAGUAGUAACGGUAUCCUGACACAUUUGGAAUGGUGAUGGUACUGUGGAUACCAGACAUGGAUGUAAUAUUGUAAUAUCCCCACCUAAUGUUGACACUGAUACGAGAGUAUCUACCAUCUGUCAUGGUUAGAGGCCCUGAGCUGGGAGAUUGAUAUUCAUCUCUGUAAUUUGUUAUGCAAUACUGCAAUGGGAUGCAUUACGAA